AUGUUCGAGAAAUCCCUCGUCGAUCUGAUCCGCGGCCUCCGCAACAACAAGGGCUCCGAAACCACCUACAUCCAGUCCGCGCUACGAGAAUGCCGCACAGAAAUCCGUUCCCAGGACUUGGACGUCAAGGCCACCGCCCUGCUCAAACUCGUCUACCUCGAGAUGUUCGGCUAUGACAUGGCUUGGGCGGCCUUCAACGUGCUCGAGGUCAUGUCGUCCGCGAAGCCGCUGCAGAAGCGCGUCGGCUACCUCGCCGCCGUGCAGACGUUCCGCGCUGAGACCGAGGUGCUCAUGCUAGCGGAGAAUCUGCUGAAGAAGGACUUGACGAGCCCGCAGAUCCCCAUUCUGGGUUUGCCGCUAACGACCAUCCCGCACAUCGUGACCGCAGAGCUGGCGCUCAGUAUCCUGACUGAGCUGCUGCCCAGGGUCAGCCACAGCCAGCCGAAUGUGCGUAAGAAGGCUGUGGUCGCGCUGUACAGGCUCGCGCUGGUGUAUCCGGAGACGUUGAAGGUCAGUUGGCUGAAGAUCAAGGAGCGAUUGCUGGAUGAGGGGGAGAGCAGCAGCGUCACGGCGGCGGCGGUCAAUGUGGUGUGCGAGCUAGGCUGGCGGAAUCCAAGGGACUUCCUAUCGCUGGCGCCUCGUUUGUUCGAGCUGUUGACGUCGGACAAGAAUAAUUGGAUGGCGAUCAAGAUCAUCAAGCUGUUUGCGGUGCUGACGCCCUUGGAGCCGCGGCUGGUCAAGAAACUGGUACGGCCGCUGACGCGGAUAUUAAAAGAAACAGGAGCAAUGAGUCUGCUGUAUGAGUGCAUCAAUGGGAUCAUCCAAGGCGGCAUUCUCGACGGUGCGGAGGCAGGUGUUGACGUUGACGAUGUAGCGGACCUGUGCAUUAGCAAGCUGCGGGGCAUGAUUGUGCUUGACGGCGAUCCUAACCUGAAGUACGUUGCGUUACUGGCUUUCAAUAGGAUUGUGAGCAGCCAUCCGCAGCUGGUGAGCGAGCAGCAGGACGUCAUCAUGGCGUGCCUAGACGACCCGGAUAUCAGCAUCAAGAUGCAAGCUCUGGAGCUGGUGAGCGGGAUGGUGGACGCGGACAACCUGAUGGCGUUGGUGAACCGACUCUUGAAGCAGCUGGCGAAUGCGCCAAAAGCGGAUGCCACGGCGAACGGCUACGACGAGAGCGAUACGGAUCUCGAGCAGAGGCUGGUGCAGGACAAGAGGAGUUCUGGACCGACGCACAUACCAGAUGAAUAUCGCCAUGAGAUCAUCGCGAGAAUACUGGAUAUGUGCUCUACGGGCACGUAUGCCAAUAUCACCGACUUCGAGUGGUACCUUGACAUCCUGGUUCACUCGGUGCGGCACCUUCCGGCAGAUAAGACGCCUGGCUCAGAAGAGCACAUGAACAUGUUGACGGCCAGUCCUACGCUGGGUGCGCGAAUAGGCUCACAGAUCUUGGACAUCGCAGUUCGGGUCAAGGAACUGCGCCCGGAAGCGACGAGAGCGGCAGAGACGCUGCUCCUCUUCUCGAACCGCACCAUAGUGUUUGCGGCCCAUCAAGGCGGCCAAGCCCCAGUAUUGAAGUCGGCGGCAUGGGUCUGCGGCGAGUUUCCUUCCUACUUGGCCUCGCCGAAUGAGGUCCUGAAUUCGUUCAUCCAUGUCUCUUCGCCAACGUUAUCCGCCGAGACGCUGGCUGUAUUCUGCCAAGCUAUACCCAAAGUCAUGUCGCAUAUCUGGACGGUGGCCGCUGUGGACUGGUCUUCGGCACAGUCAUCAACACUGUCCUUGUUGCUAGCGCGAACCACGACGUUUCUCGAGACGAUCUCACAACACCCAAGCCUUGAAGUUCAAGAACGCGCAGUCUCAUUCCUCGAGCUGCUAAAGCUAUCUUCCGAGGCGCUCUCGUCACAUCCCUCGGACUCUAACGAUGCACCACUACUGCUAUCUGGCGUCAUUCCUGGACUGUUUACAGGCUUCGAGCUCAAUCCGGUGUCGGCUGUCGCACAGUCGAAAGUGCCAUUGCCAGCUGACCUCGAUCUCGACACGCCUAUCAACCCUGAACUAUCGAACAUUCUUUCCGCCUCUCAAGUCAUCGACGACCUGGGAAUGGAAAGCGAUGCCUUUGACGCUUUCUAUCAUGAUCGUGAACCAGACAUCCGGCAACCAAGUGCCUUGCAGCCUCCGCCAUCAGCGCGAGCAAUAUCGUCGGCUGAUGUCGUUAGACCCGCCGAAGAAGAACCUCUGUCAUAUCAGUCGGCUCCAGAAUCACCAAACACAUUGGCAAGGCGGCGAGCAGAGCGUGCUGCUCGAGCACGGGAUGACCCAUAUUACAUCGGCCCGACUGCUUCGAACGGUACAAACACUCCCAUACACGAUGCCCUGCGCCAGGCGAAUGGCAGCGCCGAUGACCUCGAUAUAGACUCAAUACCCAUCAUCGACCUGCAACUCGACCCUGCCUCCACUUCCGCAACAGCACCCAAGCCCACGAAAAAGAAACCCAUCCGCAAAUUCGCCAUCGCAGCUGACGAAACCCUCGACGGGCCCGAUCUCAGCUCCCGCAGCGCAUCGCCCCUUGGUGCGUCAUCCCUCUCGACAACACCACGCACGGCAGCUCCCUUGUCCGUCCACCCUCAGCGCCCGACGCGAAAUCUUCUUAGCAUCCCCUCAUCACAGCUCGCGGCCCUCUCCCUCUCAGACUCGUCACCCAGCAGCACGGCCCUGACGGCUGAAGACCUCCUGCGCCGCGAAGAAGAGGAGAAGGAGAUGGCGGCCGCGCUGGCGGAGGUGGAGCGCAAACGACUUGAGUUGCAGCGGGCGCAGGAGCGCAUGGGCGUCAGCUAUGCUGAAGGCGUGGAUGUUGAGGGUGGGGUGGUGAAGAGGAAGAAGAAGAAGAAGGUGAAAAAGAGUGUGGAUGUAGGGGCAGGCGAGGAGGUGGGGGGAGAUGACGCGGGAGAAGGCGUGGUUAGUAAGACGAAGAAGAAGAAAAAGAAGAAACCUUCUGCCGCCGGGGAAGCUCCGGCGGCAGUCGUGGAGGAUGGGGAUGGACUAGCUGCGGCUGGGGCGGAUGAUGAGGCGGUGGUCAAGCGGAAGAAAAAAGUCAAGCGGCGGGUGGGAGCGGCGAAGCCUGAUGAGCAGGAAGCAGGAGAGGGGCAGUUGAAUCUCGAGGGGGAAGACCAUUCUUGA